AAAAAGUUAUAGAAAAAUAUGAAAAACCUGAUGACUGUAUACCUGGUGUCAAAGGCAAGAAAGAACCUCUACCCCAUGUCCCUCUCUCUGGUAUGAUCAACAAGUCAGGAGGGAAAGUCAGACUUACUUUUAAACUUGAAAAUGAUCAACUUUGGAUAGGCACAAAAGGUACAGUAUUUUGGGAUUGGAAUAUAGCCUCUCUGUUUCCCUCACCCUUAUCUCUUAUACACACUGAUGAAAUAUAUAUUAGUGAAGGAGGCAGAGCUGUGUUCAAAACGCAUUGUUACCUUAUUGCUAGUGUUCUGUAGUAAGCUUUGUUAUGUGAUGAGAUAUGAUAUCGACCAGAGAGUUAAGAUCAAGCAUGAAGCCUGGUAUCAGGUACAUGUAUGUGAGACAGUUUUGUCUCAUUAGAAGUUCACAGGAAAUAUUCACUCAUG